AUGGCCAGUUCCUCGGACAGUGAAGAUGACAGUUUCAUGGCUGUGGAUCCAGAAGACGCUGUGGUCGAAGGGACAAUGGAGCAAGACGACGAGCCACGUGCUGAGCUGGAGGUGGAGGAGACCAGGCAUAACAGAUCAAUGUUGGAGCUACCAGAAGAGGUUUUGGAAUAUAUCCUCUCCUUCCUUUCACCCUAUCAGGAGCACAAAACUGCUGCCCUUGUCUGCAAACAGUGGUAUCGACUAAUCAAAGGUGUGGCCCAUCAGUGUUAUCACGGCUUUAUCAAAGCAGUGCAAGAAGGAAAUAUUCAGUGGGAGAGUCGCACUUACCCCUACCCUGGCACCCCCAUCACGCAACGCUUCUCGCACAGUGCGUGUUACUAUGACGCUAACCAGUCGAUGUACGUGUUCGGUGGCUGCACACAGAGCAGUUGUAACGCUGCCUUCAACGACCUCUGGAGACUCGACCUGAAUAGCAAGGAGUGGAUCCGGCCCCUGGCAUCAGGUUCGUACCCCUCGCCCAAGGCUGGGGCCACGCUGGUGGUCUACAAGGAUUUACUUGUGCUGUUCGGUGGGUGGACACGGCCGAGCCCUUACCCUCUGCACCAGCCAGAGAGGUUCUUUGAUGAAAUCCAUACGUAUUCGCCCUCCAAAAACUGGUGGAACUGCAUCGUGACCACCCAUGGCCCCCCUCCUAUGGCAGGACACUCCUCCUGUGUCGUCGAAGACAAGAUGAUUGUCUUCGGGGGUUCGUUAGGAUCUCGGCAAAUGAGCAACGACGUCUGGGUGCUGGAUCUCGAGCAGUGGGCUUGGUCCAAGCCCAACAUCUCUGGGCCCAGCCCUCACCCACGAGGUGGCCAGUCUCAGAUCGUAAUAGACAACGAAACCAUUUUAAUCCUCGGUGGCUGCGGUGGUCCCAAUGCACUGUUUAAAGAUGCCUGGUUACUGCACAUGCACACGAACCCCUGGACCUGGCAGCCGCUCAAGGUGGAGAACGAAGACCAUGGAGCCCCAGAGCUGUGGUGCCAUCCUGCCUGCAGGGUGGGACAGUGCGUUGUGGUCUUUAGCCAAGCUCCCAGUGGGAGAGCCCCGCUAAGUCCCAGCUUGAACUCUCGCCCCUCUCCUAUCAGUGCCACGCCGCCCGCCCUGGUCCCCGAAACACGGGAAUAUCGUUCUCAAUCUCCCGUCAAGAACACGGAUGAAGCUCCCUGCGUCAACGCCACGGCGGCCGGCGGUGCCUCCUUGGACAGCCCCGUGCAGGUCGUAUCGCCCAGCACGCCUUCCGCAGCCGAAGGAUACGACCUCAAAGUUGGGCUCGCCCUGGCGCCGCGACGAGGAUCGCUGCCGGAGCAGAAAGAUCUGCGUUUGGGCUCCGUUGACCUGAGCUGGGAACAGAAACCGGCUUCCGUCAUCUGCCAGAUGGACGGUGCGGAGGGCAGGACAGUCGGCGCGAGCAUCAGGAACCCCCCCGAGCAAACCAACGGCAUCCACACGCCGCCCCACGUCGCCGGCUCCCUCCCGGGGGCCGUUUCCCCUGGCGCGCUCCGGAGGAGCUUGGAGGCGGUCAAAGCCCUCUCUUCCAAAGCCACCUCGGCUUCUGCGGCGUUGAGCCCUCCCCUGGCUUCUUCCCCGGGUUCCCCGGGCGCCGAGACGGGCUCGGCAGCACGUCCGGGCUCUGCCCAAAGCGACGGCCAUUCCUUACCUCCCAUCGCUCGUCGCCUGGGCCACCACCCUCCCCAAUCCCUCAACGUGGGGAAGCCUUUAUACCAGAGCAUGAACUGCAAACCCAUGCAGAUGUACGUGCUGGACAUUAAAGACACGAAGGAAAAAGGACGAGUCAAAUGGAAAGUGUUCAACAGCAGUUCGGUGGUGGGGCCACCCGAAACCAGUUUACACACGGUGGUGCAAGGCAGAGGGGAGUUAAUCAUAUUCGGUGGCCUCAUGGACAAGAAACAAAACGUGAAAUACUAUCCCAAAACAAAUGCCUUGUACUUUGUGCGAGCAAAAAGAUAA